AAUAAAUUUUCCAACAACCUAACUGACUGGAACCAACUGGGCAUAUAAAGGAAGUACCACAAUAACUUACAUUCAAUAUGGACAAUCAUAUUGAGCAUAUCACGACUGCGAGACCUAUAUCUCAGCUUGAGAGAAUUGGCUACGGCUCCUGUGGGACCGUCUGGGCCGAUGCGUUCGAGGAUGUCGAUAUAGACGCGCAACACUCAGCCAUCGCGUUGAAGCGAGGAGACGGCCUUCCAGAUCGAUCGAUCUCCAACAAAAAUCAUAUUCAUCAACAGAUUCUAUCAGCGAUCCAGAUGC